AUGAAUUGUCCCAAUAUUACGUGUGUCCUUGCUGUAAUUCUUGUAGAAAGUGAGCAGCAGAAGGAGGAGGGGAAGGAAUCGAAACCUAACACAGGAGACGUGGCUGGUGCAGAGAGGGCGCUGUCAGGGCCUUGUUGGAGCAGCAGUGGGCUCUGUCCCAGGUCUGCCCAGGGUCUCCCAGAACACCCGAUCCCGUCCUGCGCCAGCUGCUGGCUGUUGGGUGUGAGGCGGAAACUACAGACCACAGGUUUGUUUCUGUGGAUCAUGGCUUCUGCACCUACUGUGUCAAGUGAAAAAUUAAGCCCUAGUAACAGUGACAGUGAAAGCGAGAGUGAUACUGAGAGUGACAGCUCUGAGGGCAGUGAGACCUCAGACAGCUUGUCGUCCUUUGAUCGAUCCGAAGAGGAAGAUCAUCUAAGCUCUGAGGACAUCACGGAGGAGUCAGCUUUUGGGAAAAUACCCUGUGAGUUUGAAAUCAAUGAAGAGACGCUGGCAAACGUUGAAGCCACUGAUGUUAGCAGCUGUGAUUUAGAAAGAUCAGAAUUAACUGAAUGUAAGGAAGUUCUGAGGAAACUGUCAAUGCUGAUCUGGAAAACUCUGUCAAAAUCUAAAAUGGUAAGCUUACUUAAAGACUUUGUCGAGUCUGAGUUUUUUCUGAUUGAUGGAGAUUCGUUAUUCAUCACUUGUGUUUCCAACGUGAACUUCAAGAAGGGACAAACUCUUCACUUCUUCUAUAUUGUGGAACAGUUUCUGCAUGAUUUUAUUCAAAAGGAAGCCAAAUUUGUAAUAGUUUUUUUUAAGGAUGCAGAAAAUAUGUAUUUUAAGUACUCUGAACAUUUGGUUCUUCGUACUAUGUUGAUUCAACAUUUACAACACAAUACGGAUGUCACUAUUCACACAGAAUUUUCCAAUUGUCUGUCACCAGAAUGGGAGAUAUUUCUUAAAGAAUAUUAUCCACACUUCUUAAUUGUUUCAGAAAUGGGAAUAACAUUUCAUCAAGCACACUUUUUAAACAUUUUUAUCAUUCAUACCCUUCAGAAGAAAAUCGAUAUUGUACAGACUCUGGGAAUAGAGUCGGAUGUCCUUAGAAUUCAUGGAUACUAUGCCUCAAGUUGCUAUUUACACAAACAGUUUUUUGAAAUGGACUUGACGAAAACCCCCACAUUAAGUGAGGCAGUGGACCUCUGCAGGAUGCACUGUCUCAGCGUGACUCUCCUUCGACAGUUACCUCUGUUUCAAAGAGCGAAGAGUAGACUCAUUACCUGUGUCUGGGACAGAGCACUUUCACCAUUUCGAGGAAUGCUAAAGAAAUGUGCGUUUUUCAUCCUCAAACAAUUAGAGUCUAGAAAUAACUGGCAUGUGAAUUUCGCUGGCCUGCCUGACUUAACCGAUGAUCUUUUGUGGAAAAAUAUUGCUUAUUAUUAUGAAAUUGAACACAGUAGAGGGCUGACCUUGGGACUGGGGGACACUCUGAUGCGGGAGUAUCUGAAGUUGUGGGACAUGGUCUUAACUUUAUCGGGCAGUGGUAUGAUAAGUGAUGACCCAGCUGUGACAUCUCUUUCUAAGAAGAGAGAGUUUGAUGAGCUCACACACUGGCAUUCCUCCAAGCCUCUCUGCGAUGAUUUUGAAAGGGCUAGAUGCAACAGUGAUGAAAACCAAAAAAGACAGCUGGCUAAACUAGAGAAGAGAGAGGAAGAAAGAUGGAGUAACCUGUCCCUAUUUAUUGAAAAGGAAAUUCAAGAAAAUCCUGAUUCUGGAAUAAAAAGACUAGAAGAUUUUCUCCAAAAGUGCCCUGUUAAAAGUAUCAAAUUUACUGCAGAAAUGGUAGGGCUGGAUGCCUGUUUCAAAUUAUGGAUGGAACACUGUGUAAAACCAGAAGCAGAAUCCAAAGAUAUAAGCAUAGUAACUAACAUGAUGAAAAGGAUUCACAGCAUCUGUGAAAAAUAUUCAGAACUAUUACAAAAGACACAUCAACAAAAAUUAGCCAAGUAUCUAAAGUAUAUUGGGUUUGACAACUUGGCACACUCAUUACGUCCUCAGGAGUCCGGUACUGAGAAGGAUAUUUCCAAAUACUCAGUUCACAUGGGAGCAGCCCGCUUUCAGUUAACAUACAUGGGUCCUUACUUGUUUCGGGAAGAAAGAAGUGACCCAGACCCCAGGGUGCAUCAUUUUAUACCAGACACGUGGCAGAGGGAGCUCCUGGACAUCGUGGACAAGAACGAGUCUGCAGUCAUAGUGGCUCCCACGUCCUCAGGGAAGACCUAUGCCUCCUACUACUGCAUGGAGAGGGUGCUGCGGGAGGGUGACGAGGGGGUGGUCGUGUAUGUGGCCCCCACCAAGGCUCUUGUGAAUCAAGUGGUUGGAACAAUCUGCAGCUUAUUUACCAAAGCCCUGCCCAAAGGAUUAGUGGUGUGCGGAGUUUUUACAAGAGAUUACCGUCACGACACCUUGAAUUGUCAGAUAUUGGUGACAGUGCCUCAGUGUUUGGAAAUACUUUUGCUAUCCCCUCAUAGUCAAAAGUGGGUGAAAAGGAUGAGAUAUGUCAUAUUUGAUGAGGUUCACUGUCUCGGGGGAGAAAUCGGAGCAGAAGUUUGGGAACAUCUUCUUGCCAUGAUUCGGUGCCCCUUUCUGGCACUUUCUGCUACCAUCAGUAACCCCGAACACCUCACUGAGUGGUUGGUGUUAAUUAAAAGAUACUGGCAACAUGUUGAGAGCACUGUGGACAAUUCUGGUUCAUCACAAAAUGCCUUGAAAGAUUCAAAGAAACAACAGAGAAAAACAGCAGAAAAGCCAUCAUACAAAGUUAGGCUGGUUUGGUACAAAGAGCGGUACAAUGACCUGGAAAAGUAUGUGUGUUCCCUCAAGGACAAUGACUUUCUCAUCGAACACUAUCACCCCUGUGCUGCCCUGACCGUCAAACACAUAAAGAAAUAUGGGAUCCCUGUAGACCUCGGAUUUUCUCCUCGGGAAAGCGUCCUGCUUUAUGAUGCUAUGGCUCACAUUUGGCCGGAAUGGCCACGCGUGCAGGAGUUAGAACCUGAAGAAUUCAGCUGCUUCAAAAAUAAAGUAGUCAUCAUGAGGGCAGAUGCCAAGAAAUAUGAAGAGGAACUGAAAAAGGAAAUAAUUCGCUGGAUUCAGCUGGACCCAAGCAAGAGCUGUUUUCUGCUUCUUCACACGGAGAGCUUGUGGGAUGAGAGGGCAGAGACUUCAUCAAGAUGUCGAUGCAAAGGUAAGGAAACAGGACGCACACGGCGCGGGAUGCUGGAUCCCGUUCCUCCUGGGACCCGUGCUGACUGCACGCCGCUCUCAGCCCAGCAGGUGCAGGUUCCCUGGGAUUCAGGGGCUAGAAUUCAAAGAGUGAUUUUGUGGGCAGCUGAAAUAAAGGAAAUAAAGAAAAACCUUCGGAAGCGUUCUGAAGUUCCUCCAGAAUGUACUUAUGCUGAGCGCUCGGCUGUGGACGCUCAGACUUUAAUGAAGAUCUUACGCAGACUGAAGGGAACGAGACGAGGCUACAAGUUGUACAGUCUGUUACGGCGGGGCAUCGGGUACCAUCACGGGUCGAUGGGGAUUCGGCAGAGACAGGUUGUGGAGAUGCUGUUCAGGCUGAAGCACCUCAAGGUGGUAACAGCUACCUCAACUCUUGCUUUGGGAAUUAAUAUGCCUUGUAAAUCUGUUGUUUUUACAGAAGAUUCUGUGUUUUUGGAUGCUUUAAACUUUCGACAGAUGUCUGGUCGUGCAGGAAGACGUGGGGAAGACCUCACGGGAAGUGUGUUCUUCUACAAUAUUCCAGUACCCAAGAUAGAACGGCUUUUGAAAUCAAACGUGCCCAAACUGAAGGGCCAGUUUCCUCUAACCCUUUCAUUGGUUCUCCGGCUCAUGCUGUUAGUUGCCAAAGCAGAUGACAAGGAAGAUGCAAAAGCAAAGGCGUUAUCAGUUCUCCAACACUCAUUGAUGUCCUUCAAGCAACCAAACAUCAGGCGCAUGUUAAAAUUUUAUUUCAUCUAUUCUUUGCAAUUCUUGGUCACAGAGGGAUUCCUGGAUCAAGACUGCACUCCCAUUGGAUAUUCUGGGCUUGUGACACAUUUACACUACCAUGAACCCUCCAACUUCGUUUUAGUGAGCUUGCUAGUGAAAGGUUUAUUUCACAAGUUGUGUGUUCCAACCAACAUCAAAGGCCAAAAGACAUUUUCUGAAGAGGUGAUGGAGACUUUAGUGGUGGUGCUAGCACAUCUUUUUGGGCGAAACUAUCUUCCUCCGUGUGCGGGAGACUUUAAAAAGAGAUUUUCUCAUUCAGUGGUAACUCUGAAGGACCUUCCCAAGGACUUUGCUGCUGUGGUAGAGGAACACAAUGACAGAAUUCAAAAGAAUUUUGCUUCCUUUCUCCUAACAAUUUCUAAGCUGGCUGACAUGAGAAAAGAAUACCAACUGCCUCUCUCAGAAAUUGACUUUUCAGGUAAAGAAUGUGCGGACUCCGAGCUGGUCUGUCAUCUGAUGCCCGGGGUAGAGAGCAGGACGGCGGUCUCCCCGUUUGCCUGUCUGUCCAACAUAACAGAUCAAGAUUUGUUUGACGUCAAUGUGGUAAAAGAUGCUAUGUUACGAACGAUUGAUGUGGAUGCAAAAAAUCUUCCUCUCCUUUUCUUGAAUAAAUAUGAUAAAAGUGGAAGGAAGUACCCUUUGAAUGGUUAUGUACUGAACUUCCACAAACACGGCUCCCUGUCAGCACUGACCGAGGAUAACUGGUUAAACAUGGGUGAUGCGUUCAAUUUAAUCAGAGAUUUUGCACUUGUCACUCAGGCCAUCAGGAUCUCACUGAGUGAAUUAUGCGAUGACAAAAAUGACAACGUUGUGUUGGCAUUUACACAACUAAGUGAAGCAUUCAACAGAAAGCUUGGGCCUAAAGAAAGACCCUGA